AUGCGACAGAUCAGAAAAACUAUGCAGACCAGUUUGGUGAACUCAAAUUGCAUCGAGUCUGGAUUGAAUUGCCAGCACAACUGUGACCGAGGCGGAUGCACCAUCACCCCAACCGAAGAAGUUAUGAUUGAGAGGAGGAGUAGUACUGUCAAACGAUCUGAAGUGAUACAUAACGAUGAUGACAACUAUGUCAUCAACUCGGCCUCGCUUUCGGCUCAAGUUUCUCACAGGAAAAUUUCGGGUUUGAAUUUCGCAGCUUUGCAGCCACUGGAUUGGAUUAACGCUCUGCAUGAUGGAGUGAAAAACUGGUGUACGAGUGCGACAAAGAAAGAAUCGAAAAAACGUAAACGAGCUACACCAAACAACUCUGGACAACAAGUUGAUCCAAGAUUAGCCUAA